AUGUUGCUUUUCAUCUUGCUUUCACUCCUCAAUUUCAACCCAUCUCUGAGCCUAAAAAUCUGCUCCUUCAACGUAAGGUCUUUUGGAGAAACUAAAAUUGCCAGACCUGAAGUUGUCGAUGCUGUGGUAAAGAUCAUUUCCCGCUGCGACAUCACGUUGCUCAUGGAAAUAAAGGAGAACAAGAACCAGGUUUGCCCUCUUCUGGUGGAGAAGCUCACCAGGAAGCAUCUGGUAUCGGUGAAAGAAACCUACCAGUACCCUGACACCCAGCCUGGGGAUGAGGAUGCCUUCUCCAGAGAGCCCUUCACUAUCUGGUUCCAGUCUCCAAAAACUGCUGUCAGAGAGUUUGCUAUAAUCCCUCUGCACACCACACCAGAGACAGCAGUAAGGGAGAUUGAUGAGCUCUAUGAUGUGUAUUUAGAUGUAAAACAGCGCUGGAAAACUGAGAACUUCAUCUUAAUGGGAGACUUUAAUGCUGGUUGUAGCUACGUUCCCCAAAAGCAGUGGAAGAACAUCCGGCUGAGGACUUACUCUGAAUUCGUCUGGCUAAUUGGUGACAAGAAUGACACAACAGUGAAAAGAAGCACAAGCUGCCCAUAUGACAGGAUCGUGGUCAGCGGGCAGAAGCUUGUCCACGCCGUUAUGCCACAGUCUGUCAACAUCUUUGAUUUCCAGAAUGUCUUUCAGAUGACCGAGGAGCAGGCACUGGGGGUGAGUGACCACUUCCCAGUAGAGUUUGAGUUGAAACCAAAAGGUGGCUUCUUCAACUGGCUGAAAUCGCAGUUUUCAAAGAAGAGGAGACCAAGAAAGAGGCACCGUUCAAGCUCAUGA